AUGUUAAUGCGGCGACCCCACCAGCUCCCGCGUUUUCUGACUGGCCAGUCGGGACCCCCGACCCCGGGCAAUGAUGCUCCCAAUCCCGUCGACGAUGCCACUGACAGCCAGGAGGAAGAUGCGAGAGAAGCACGGAAAGAGAGGUGGAAGGGCACAGCCUUCAAGAUGUUUGAAGCGGCUGCGACCACCGGAGCCAGCAUCUUCAUCUUGGCGUGUGUUGGUAUCACGUAUACCAGGUACUACAAGUGGAACGUGCUCGAGAAGAUGGAGAACGCUUUCCGCGAAGGCGAUCCCGUGCUCGAGCUCGCUGCAAACGGCAAAGAGAUUCCACAAGAUCCUUCCAGACAUGAGGUCGAGAGCGGCGGAGACGACUAUGACCGGUGGAUCCCACGUGAGGAGCAGGAGCAGAUCAACAAGAUCAUCAGCGGUGAGAUCAAAGGCCGCUACCAUCUGCUCCUCGGCGAGAAAGGCACGGGAAAGAGCUCCAUGCUCAUCGACGCCAUGUCCAAGGUCAACGGCGAGGGCUGCUCCAUGAUGGAAGCACACGCAGACAUGGAGGUCUUCCGCGUCCGUCUCGGACGCUGCCUCGACUUUGAAUACCACGAAGACAACAUCGGCUCGCUGUUCUCCAUCCGCGGUCCUCGCGACGCCGGCGCCAUCCUCGACAUUGAGCGAGCAUUCAACAAGCUGGAAAAAGUGGCUUUGCGCCGCCGCGCAAAGAAAAACCGCCCCCUCGUCCUGAUCAUCAACCAAGCCCACCUGAUCCGCGACGACGAAGACGGCCGCGAUCUCCUCGAGCUCAUCCAGCAACGCGCCGAGCAAUGGGCUGCCUCGAACCUCGCCACCGUCAUCAUCAACUCGGACAAGUACUGGGUCUUUGAGCGGCUCAAGCAGUACGCAACGCGCAUGGAGGUGCACCAGAUCAAGGACUUGACCAAGGACCGCGCCAUGCAGGCGCUGCGCAACUACCGCAUGAAGUACUGGAACGAGCGCACAGCCACCGGCGUGCUCGAGGAGGUGUACGACAAGAUAGGCGGCCGUCUCACGUUCCUCAACCGCGUCGCAAAGUCCGAGGACAUGCUCGCAAAGUGCGACCACAUCUGCGAAAUGGAGAAGAUCUGGUUCCUCAACAACUGCGCCAUCCUCGGCGAGGAAAUGGACGACGACGUCAUGGACCAGCAAAAGUACGCCUCCACAGCCAUGGUGCUCGCAAACGCGCUCUACCACCGCUCCACAGAAAUGUCCAGCACCUACGACCCAGAGCGCGGCCACAUCCUGCCCGAGCUACCCCUGCACCGCGCGCGCUUCAUAAUGACGCGCUCCGACUUCAUCCGGCGCCACCACGAGCUCUCCAUCUUCGCCAUCGACUCCCGCGCCAUGGUCCGUGCAGACUCGGUCCCCAUGCAGCGCGCCUUCAACGAGCUGUGCGCCGAGCCUGGGUUCGAGCGCUUCCUCGACGCGACACUCGAGCGCAUCGGGGAUAUCGAGUCCCUCGGCAGAACGAAGGAACUGACGUUCAAGGAUCUGUGGGAGGGCGGCAAGUACAGGCUUACGACGCGGGAUCGGGAGGGGGAGGAGACGGGGAGUGUGGAGAUGCAGAGUGUGGAGAAGCCGGGGGAGAAGGAUGAUGAUGACGAGUGA